AUGUAUACGGCCAUCUUUGCAGUUGGCACGGCGCUCCUUACGCUGUUAUAUGCCUUUGGCACUCGGCGUCGUCUGCCAAAAGGCUACCAAGCUGUUCCGGGGCCGAAAGGCUUACCUCUCAUCGGCCACACAACUCUGCUGGGUGCCGAACCUCAGGCUCAGCUCAAAGCAUGGGCAAAGGAAUAUGGCCCUGUUUUCAAGCUUCGCCUGGGCUGGGAGGACUGGAUCUUUGUCACCGAGCCCGGCGCAAUCAGGGAAAUCUUCGACAAACAGUCAAGAGUGACAUCUGGUCGCGCUCCUAUGCCUGUCAUCUCUGACCUUUUGUCUGGUGGCAAGCGAUUCUUGUUGCAGACGUACACUCCCGAAUGGCGGAAGCUGAGAACUAUCGUGCACAAGCUGCUCACGCCCAAAUCAUCGUCUACCUUCAAGCCUAGCCAAGAAUUUGAAACCAAACAACUUCUGCACGACAUAUACACCAGCUCUAAGGCAGAGGACCAAGGGAGUUUCUACAUGCAUGUUAGGAGGUAUACGACUUCAGUAAUCAUGACAUCCACUUACGGGCGGCGGAUCUCCGAAUGGAAAUGCGAAGACGUAGAAGAGAUUUACGGCCUCAUGAAGGACUUCUCGGAUGCGGCAGUUCCAGGUGCAUACAUUGCGGACGUUGUGCCACCAUUAGCAAAGCUACCAUCUUGGAUGCAGUGGUGGAGAAGAUCUGCUCUGAAGGCGUACGAAAGGCAAGCUUCAAUAUGGCUGAAGUACUGGAAUCGGCUCCGCGCCCAGACCAAGACGAAGACUGCUCCGGAAUGCUUCGCGAAGCAGCUCGUCGAAGAUGUUGACCAGAGAGACGAUAUUGACGAAGUGACGGCAGCAUUUGUGGCAGGCACGAUGAUUGAAGCUGGAUCGGAGACCACAAGUUCAUCAUUGAACAGCGCAUUCAAGUAUCUUGCAGCUUACCCAGAAGCCCAAAAGAGGGCGCACGAGGAGAUCUCCCGUGCCAUUGGCGACGGCCGAUCUCCAACCUUUGACGACGAGGACGAUCUGCCAUAUAUCCGGGCGAUGGUGAAGGAGAUCUUACGACUUAGGCCGGUCACAAACAUGGGCUCCCCACAUUAUACCACCGAGGACAUGACUUACCAGAACUACUUCAUACCCAAGAAUACCGUCGUUGCAAUCUGUCAAUAUGCCGCCCAUUACGACUCCAGAUAUCCUGAACCUGAAGCCUUCCGACCCGAGCGGUAUCUUGACUACCCACUCAAGGCAGGGGCAUAUGCCGCGCACCCAGACCCCUACGCGCGAGAUCAUUUUAGCUUUGGCGCCGGUCGGCGUAUCUGCCCGGGCAUGCAUUUGGCAGAAAACAGUAUGUUCAUCGUCCUCGCGAAGAUUCUAUGGGCCUUUGAGAUCAGACCUGUGAUAAGACCCGACGGCAAGGAAGAGAAAGUUGACGUGUCGGAUCAAGCGUACGAACAAGGUAUCAAUACGCUGCCGAAGCCUUAUCGCAUGCGCUUCUUGUCACGAAGUCUAGCGCGGGAGGCGAAGAUGCUUCAAGAGUGGAAGGAGGCUGAGUCCACGGGCUACUAUCUUGGGAAUAUCAGGGUGGAUGCGACGGGCAUGGUCCUGUCUGCAUAG